AUGCGUGCGACAUCCUUCUCCCCGCUCGCGGCCCUCUCGGUCCUCCUCGCUGCCAGCACCGCCGCGGCGCGCUCGGCCGCUGGCGACCGCCUGCUCGUCGUUCGCGACAAGAAGUAUGAGACUGGCUAUGACAAGUUCUUUGCGAGCCUCCAGGAGCGCGGCUUCGAGGUCACCUUCUCCGAGCCCAAGGCCGACACGACCAUGCUCGAGGGCUACGGCGUGCCCCUGUAUGACCACCUGAUCAUCUUUGCGCCUGAGACACGCGCCUUCUCGCCCGCAUUCACUCCCCAGAACAUCCUUGCCGCCCAGGGCCAGUACCUCAACACUCUGCACAUUCUCUCGCCCGGUCUCGACGCGGUGCAGGCGGCUACCCUGCGCGAGUACGACAUUGAGCCCGUGCCCGCUGGAUCCGAGGUGCUGGAUGCGUUCUCGCACGUUGGCGGCGGCAGCGACGCGGACCUGGUGUGCGCGCGCGACUCGCUCGUGGCUCCCGUCCCCGUCUUCUCUCAGCAGACGCUCAAGCAGAGCGGACCCCUCGUGGUCCCGCACGCUACGGGCUUCAAGACGGGUGCCAACCCAUUCCUCCUUGACAUUGUGUCGGCUCCCUCGACGUCGUAUGUCGGCGACAAGGACGGCAAGGCCGCUGUCGAGACCAAGCCCGGCGCCGAGAUCCAGCUUGCGGGCUCCAAGGUGUCGCUCGUGGCUGCCAUGCAGAACCGCGAGAACGUCCGUAUCGGCUUUGUCGCGUCCCCCGAGCUCCUCUCGGACAAGUGGUGGGGCAAGAAGCUCGACGGUACUGAGACUGGUAACCGCGCUGUUGUCGAGGACCUCACCAAGUGGCUGUUCCAGGAGACUGGUGUGAUCCGUGUUGUCGACACCCACCACCACCGCUCGGCCGAGACUGAGCCCCGCGAGGAGUACACCAAGAACGACAAUGUUAGCUACGAGAUCACCCUUUCGCAGCACACCACUGCUGCCAACGGCACUUCGGCUUGGUCUCCCUUUUCUGUUUCGGACCUGCAGCUCGAGUUUACGAUGCUUGACCCGCACAUCCGCACCUCGCUCGUCGAGGCGUCGUCGACUGCCGAGGACACGACCUACGCUGUCGAGUUCCGUGCUCCUGACCGCCACGGUGUGUUCAAGUUUGCCGUGUCCUACUUCCGUCCUGGCUGGACGUACCUGGACACGUUUGACAAGGCGUCUGUUGUCCCUCUGCGUCACGACGAGCACCCGCGUUUCAUUGUGGGCGCGUACCCGUUCUACACGGGUGCGCUGAGCACGUCUGCCGCGUUCCUCGUGUUUGUCGCUCUGUGGAUCUCGCUUGCGGAGAGCGACAAGGGGAAGAAGAAGGCCGAGUAG